GAAGUGCCGGCCCUGAGAGGUGGAGUCGGGGUGGCAGCGGCGGCGGUUGCCAGGAGCCCGCGUUGCAGCCUGAGAUCCGUAAUAUGGCGGGGAGGAGGAGGAGAAGGCGGCGGCGGACCGAGCUGCGCUCUGUCAGUACCAUUUGAGCCAUUCGCUUCCUGACAAGGCCCGUGGCGAGGGGAGAGGAGCUGAAGGGGCCGUGGGGGAUCAGUUUCAUUUGAAACCUACGGGGAACCAAGCACUGUCGCUGCCCUCCAGGAAUUCAUACUCUACUGCUAAAAAUCGUCAUCAUCAUUAUCCUCUUAAUAAGAAAAGCAGUUCCCAUUAUUUGUUGCUUUCUGCGUGUUCUGCACUAUGUUAAUUGCCCUACAUGCAUUAGCUCAUUGAAUUCUUACAAGAUUCCUUUGAGACGGAUACCGUGAUCAUCCCUCUUUUACAGAGGACGAAACAGGUGUGGGGAUGGUAAUUGGCUUGCCAAGAACUUGCAGCUAGUAUGCAUCUGAAUAAGAAAUCUUCCCCUUUACCGCUUUUACAAGAAGUUUGCGUCUUUGGCGGAACUGAUGGGCAAAGAAACACUAGGUUCUGCAAAAAAAAGCAGGAUCUGUUCUGUGUUACUUUUACCACUCCUUUCAGUGACAUGUCUGGCAGAGCACGGGUAAGGAGCAGAUAGGACCAUGAGUCUACGGGGUUUGCAAAGAGGCUCAUUUGCACAAGGGUCAGUGGUUCUCUGUGGUAUAAAUGGAGAAGACAGGGCAUGUCUGAACCUGCUGUAGCUGACAAAUUAUUACUGGAAGUGGACCAGUGAUGCCUGAUGGCAAGAUAUAGAGCAGUAGAUUUGUGGCUGGGGUAGCCUUGUAGUCAGGGCUCCCUUAAAAUAAAACCUUGCUGACAGUGGUAAUUGUAGUGUGAAAGGCAUAGUGUCCUCUUGCUUAAUCAUGGGAUACAGACUGCUCACUUCUUAAAUGGUUACCUUUGCAGUUUAAGAGGUACCAGUUUCUCUGGGACUAGAGCCAUGGUGAAAUUUCCAUUCUCUAAAUUCCACUCUUCCUUGCUAGCUUCGGUGUAUAGUCCGCCUUCUUUUUUUCUUCUGGUUUACAUUAUUGUUUGAGCUUAUUAUUAUUCUUAUUCAUUUAUUCAAUACUUUUAUCAAGUGCCUUCUGUGUGCUGUUACUGUUCUGUGUAAUGGGGAUUCAGUGAACAAGACUGAAAAGGUACCUGUACUUAUGGCGCUUACAUUUUGGUGGAGGAAGACAGACAAAAAUCAAGGAAAUAAACACGAUAAUUUAAGAUAGUGUGUGACUGUGGGAAGAUGGAGGAGUAUGAGAAGUUCUGUGAAAAAAGUCUUGCCAGAAUACAAGAAGCAUCACUAUCCACAGAGAGCUUUCUCCCUGCUCAGUCUGAAAGUAUCUCACUUAUUCGCUUUCAUGGAGUGGCUAUCCUUUCUCCACUGCUUAACAUUGAGAAAAGAAAGGAAAUGCAACAAGAAAAGCAGAAAGCACUUGAUGUAGAAGCAAGAAAGCAGGUUAACAGGAAGAAAGCUUUACUGACUCGUGUCCAGGAGAUUCUUGACAAUGUUCAGGUUAGAAAAGCACCUAAUGCCAGUGAUUUUGAUCAGUGGGAGAUGGAAACAGUUUACUCUAAUUCAGAAGUCAGAAACUUGAAUGUUCCUGCUACAUUUCCAAAUAGCUUUCCAAGCCAUACGGAACACUCUACUGCAGCAAAGCUUGAUAAGAUAGCUGGGAUUUUGCCAUUGGAUAAUGAGGACCAAUGUAAAACUAAUGGAAUAGACUUAGCUAGAGAUUCAGAAGGAUUUAAUUCUCCGAAGCAAUGUGAUAGUUCCAAUAUUAGUCAUGUAGAAAAUGAAGCUUUUCCAAAGACCUCUUCAGCAACCCCACAAGAAACUCUUAUUUCUGAUGGUCUCUUCUCAGUAAAUGAACAACAGGAUCUACCACUUUUGGCAGAAGUCAUCCCAGAUCCCUAUGUAAUGAGUCUUCAGAAUCUGAUGAAAAAGUCAAAGGAAUAUAUAGAAAGAGAACAAUCUAGACGCAGUCUGAGAGGUAGUAUGAACAGAAUUGUUAAUGAGAGUCAUUUAGACAAAGAACAUGAUGCUGUUAAAGUGGCUGACUGUGUAAAAGAGAAAGCCCAGUUGACAGGCAAACACUGUGUCUCAGUUAUUCCUGACAAACCAAGCCUUAAUAAAUCAAAUGUUCUUCUCCAAGGUGCUUCCACUCAAGCAAGCAGCAUGAGUAUGCCAGUUUUAGCUAGCUUUUCGAAAGCGGACAUACCUAUACGAACUGGCCAUCCCACUGUUCUAGAGUCUAAUUCUGAUUUUAAAGUUAUUCCCACUUUUGUUACCGAAAAUAAUGUUAUCAAAAGUCUUACAGGUUCAUAUGCCAAAUUACCUAGUCCAGAGCCAAGUAUGAGUCCUAAAAUGCACCGAAGACGUUCCAGGACAUCGUCAGCGUGUCAUAUACUUAUAAAUAACCCAAUAAAUGCCUGUGAAUUAAGCCCUAAAGGAAAAGAACAGGCAAUGGACUUAAUUGUUCAAGAUAGUGAUGAAAACACAAAUGUGCCCGAAAUUAUGCCAAAGUUACCAACUGAUUUAGCGGGAGUUUGUUCAAGCAAGGUUUAUGUGGGCAAAAAUACAUCUGAAGUCAAAGAAGAUGUGGUUUUAGGUAAAUCAAAUCAGGUAUGUCAAUCUUCAGGAAAUCAUUUAGAAAAUAAAGUUACUCAUGGACUUGUUACUGUGGAAGGUCAGUUAACAUCCGAUGAGAGAGGCGCACACAUAAUGAACAGUACCUGUGCUGCAAUGCCAAAGCUGCAUGAACCAUAUGCCAGCAAUCAGUGUAUAGCAAGUCCAAACUUUGGAACUGUGAGUGGACUCAAGCCAGCCAGUAUGUUAGAGAAAAACUGCAGUUUGCAAACGGAACUGAAUAAGUCUUAUGAUGUAAAAAACCCUUCUCCUUUAUUGAUGCAAAACCAGAAUACGAGACAGCAGAUGGACACGCCUAUGGUAUCCUGUGGAAAUGAACAAUUUUUGGAUAACAGUUUUGAGAAAGUUAAACGGAGACUUGAUUUAGAUAUUGAUGGUUUGCAAAAAGAAAACUGCCCUUAUGUCAUAACAAGUGGAAUAACUGAACAAGAAAGGCAACAUUUGCCAGAAAAAAGAUACCCUAAGGGAUCUGUCUUCGUUAACAAGAAUAAAAUGUUAGGAGCUAGUUCCAAAGAAAGCGAGGAAUUACUAAAAAGCAAGAUGUUAGCUUUUGAAGAAAUGCGGAAGAGACUAGAAGAACAGCACGCCCAGCAGUUAUCACUACUCAUAGCUGAGCAGGAAAGGGAACAAGAAAGACUGCAAAAGGAAAUAGAAGAGCAGGAGAAAAUGUUAAAAGAGAAGAAGGCAAUGACAGCGGAAGCCUCUGAGUUGGACAUUAACAAUGCAGUGGAAUUAGAAUGGAGAAAAAUAAGUGACUCUAGUUUGCUGGAAACAAUGCUGUCUCAAGCGGACUCACUCCAUACUUCAAAUUCAAAUAGUUCUGGUUUCACAAAUUCUGCCCUGCAAUAUAGCUUUGUUUCUGCAAACGAAGCACCAUUCUACCUCUGGGGAUCGUCAACUAGUGGCUUGACCAAACUCUCAGUAACAAGGCCUUUUGGAAGAGCCAAAACUAGAUGGUCUCAAGUUUUUAGUCUGGAAAUACAAGCAAAAUUUAACAAAAUAACUGCGGUGGCAAAAGGAUUUCUUACUCGUAGACUUAUGCAGACAGAUAAGCUGAAGCAACUUCGACAAACUGUAAAAGAUACUAUGGAAUUCAUAAGAAGUUUUCAGUCAGAAGCACCAUUAAAGAGAGGCAUUGUUUCAGCUCAAGAUGCUUCACUUCAGGAAAGAGUGUUAGCUCAGUUGCGAGCUGCCUUGUAUGGUAUUCAUGACAUAUUCUUUGUAAUGGAUGCAGCUGAAAGAAUGUCUAUUCUACAUCAUGAUCGAGAAGUUCGCAAAGAGAAAAUGCUCAGGCAAAUGGAUAAAAUGAAAAGUCCACGAGUGGCUCUUUCAGCUGCAACACAGAAGUCUCUUGAUAGGAAGAAAUACAUGAAAGCUGCUGAAAUGGGAAUGCCAAAUAAGAAAUUUCUGGUUAAACAAAAUCCUUCUGAAACAAGAGUCCUUCAGCCAAACCAAGGACAGAAUGCACCUGUUCAUAGGCUACUUAGUAGACAAGGAACCCCUAAGACAUCAGUGAAGGGGGUUGUGCAAAAUAGACAGAAGCCUUCACAGAGCAGAGUGCCUAACAGAGUGCCUGUUUCAGAGUCUCGUUCUGUUGCCCAGGCUGGAGUGCAUUGGUGUGAUCUUGGCUCACUGCAAUCUCCACCUCCCGGGUUCAAGCCAUUCUUCUGCCUGAGCCUCCCGAGUAGCUGGAAUUACAGGAGUAUAUGCAGGAAAAAUCCAAAGAAAGCGGCCAAAUGUUGCGACAAUUUAAGAAGACAACAUUCAUUAGGAUAAAAUGGGGGGAAGGAUUAUUAUUCAUGUUAUUUUCCCUGCCCAAGACUUUAUUUAACCCUGGACUCCGUUUACACAGACAAAGUGACAUCAGAAGGCUGAGCACUUAUCUGGAUCAUUUGGUCAGUUUGGUAAUUCCUGCUCCACACCCCUAUUUUCCUCUUAAUAAUACGUUUGGGUGAAGACAAAUUAGUGUUUAGUAAUUGCAUCAUCUCUGUGCUUACCUAUACAAACAUAAGUUUAUUUUAUAUGCCCAGAUGUCUACAGAGACCCUUUUUGUAAACGUCAAGGACAUUUGGAUUUACUUUUACAGAAUAUUGAAAAGAUAAGACAAAUUAUAAAUAAGUUCUAAAACAUAAAUUUAAUUCAUCUCUGCAUAGUGAUUUUUGAAUUUGAUUCAAAGGGAAAUUAUUGCAGAAGAAUGCCUUUCCCUCAUUUUAUAACUUUAAAAACUUGGAUUAACUGCUCAAUGUCCACAUUCUUUGACUUACAGUAUAACCAGGUAGCCAAUUGUGGCCCACUAAAAUCUACAGAAGUUAAUUUGGGUCACCAUUUUGGUCAGAAGCAUACAUUCCUGUCAGAUAACUAGUUGUCUGACAGAAAUGUUAGGCUUCAUAUAUGUUACCCCAGUACUGUUAGAAACAUUUGUACUAGGUUAUAAGAUCUUUCUGUGAUGGGUAACAAAUUUGGGGAAGACAGCACAAUCUUCUUGAAUGUAGCUCUUGGGAAUGCAUUAUUACAUCCAUUUCUGUAACAUAAUAAUACGUUGCAUGCAGUUAUAUUUUCUAUUUAGUCUGUAUAUUUUGUUCUUCAUAGUCUGUUUUUUCUAGCAUGCUUGAUUUAGGAGAGAAUAAAGGGCUAUAUAAUAAUAAAUCCAGAUUUCAGGAUAAGAAUAUUGCCUGGUUAAAAUUCUGCAUUGCUUAAAGACACCCAUGUUUAAGAUUUUUCAUCACUAACAUAUCCAUUAAAAGUAUCAACUGGCCAGGCAGGGUGGCUCACGCCUGUACUCCCAGCAUUUUGUGAAGCCAAGGUGGAUGGAUCACCUGAGGUCAGGAGUUUGAGACCAGCCUGACCAAACAUGGCGAAACCUCAUCUGUACUGAAAAUACAAAAAUUAGUCAGGCAUGGUGGUGCAUGCCUGUAGUUCCAGCUACUUGGGAGGCUGAGACAGGCGAAUUGCUUGAACCUGGGAGGCAGAGGUUGCAGUGAGCUGAGACUGUGCCAUUGCACUCCAGUCUGGUUAACAGAGCGAGACACUGUCUCAGAAAAAAAAAAAAAUAGUAUCAACCAACAAAUGUUACCAAAAUAACGUGACUUCAUGAGGGAGAAUGUCACUAUUAAUUUAUCAUACCAUUUCCAAAAAGGGCUUUGUGCUUUUCACAUAAAAUUGAGACAGUGUAUAUUUAAUCUAAUUUAAAUUUUAAAGAGAUACUGGUUAUUUUGAAAAUGCAGCCUAUAUAUAUUCUUAAUAUCCUUUUAAGAAUAUGGAGAUGAAGAUUGUUUUCUCCAAUUUUCUGUGCCAUUUUAAAUUUAACUUUGACAUCCAGCUAUAGACAGAAAUAGUAAGCCACCCUGGGUGUAAACUUGAUUUUCUUUAUUGAGAUGUAUCAUGUAUUGAAUGAGUGAACCAGAAAAUUAGAAGAUGGUCAAAAAAAGUCCAAGUUACCAAUUUUUUAAAAUUUAUAGGCAAAGUAUCAAAUUGUCUUCUUAAUAUGAUAAACUGUGCUUUAUCAUUCUGAAAACUCAGGAUACAGCUUAUUCAUAGCAUUGUGGGUCUCUCCAGUAAGAAAGAUGCUAAAAGUUUUGUGCACUUUUUGUGUGUGUAAUGCAAAUUAGUUAAAACAAAUAGUAUGUUUUGGAGAAAGUUAAAACUAGCUUUAGAGUAAGGAUGAGAAACUUGAGUGUGUUUUUAGUUUAAAGAUAAAAGCCUGUGUUUUACACAUUCUUUUUUGGUGUUCAUAGCUUUUUCUCAUACAGGUGCCAGACACUGUUUGUGCUUUUGAUGGAUUUUUAUUUAUAUACUUUUUUGCUUAUUUUUACUUUGAGUGGAAUGUUCAUUAAUGUAAAUUGUAUUUAUUUUUAUACUUUUAUUUUCACUAGUUUUGCUUCUAGGCAAAAAGCAAAAUAAACUUUUCAUCUUAAAGAAAA